GAGAGAGAGAGAGAGAGAGUGUCGCUCUUUCCCUUCUCUUCACUGCUCUCAGCCAUAUUGUUCUCGAACGCACCGGACUGUAAACGCGGCAGAGAAGUUUUGAAGGAAUAAAACUUUACGGAUUACCUGUUAGUUGAACAAGUCGGGUUUAAUUUACUUAUCUUUCUAAGCGAUUAUAGGUGUAAGAGGACGCGGUGCCUGCGCGGCUGCUCCCCGGGUUAAACAACGCGGUUACUGCGCUGGGUUACUGAAAGAUGGUGGAUCGCUUGGCAAAUAGCGAAGCUAACUCCAAGCGCAUUGCGGUCGUGGAGGGCUGCUUCGGUACAGCUGGACAACCGCUGGCCAUCCCAGGCCGUGUGCUUAUUGGGGAGGGUGUGCUCACCAAGCUGUGCCGCAAAAAGCCUAAGGCCCGCCAGUUUUUCCUCUUCAAUGACAUUUUGGUGUAUGGCAACAUCGUCAUCCAGAAAAAGAAGUACAACAAGCAGCACAUCAUCCCGCUGGAGAGUGUCACUAUCGAGACAGUGCCUGAUGAGGGAGAUCUGCGUAAUGGCUGGCUCAUCAAAACACCAACCAAGUCGUUUGCAGUGUACGCUGCCACAGCCACAGAGAAAACGGAGUGGAUGAACCACAUCACUAAGUGUGUGUCGGACCUGCUGGAGAAGAGCGGCAAAUCGCCCACGGGAGAGCACGCCGCUGUAUGGGUACCCGACUCAGAGGCAACAGUGUGCAUGCGAUGCCAAAAGGUGAAGUUCACGCCGGUCAGCAGGCGCCACCACUGCAGGAAGUGCGGCUUUGUCGUGUGUGGCCCUUGUUCUGAGAAGAAGUACCUGUUGCCCAGUCAGUCAUCCAAGCCUGUGCGUGUAUGCGAGUUCUGCUAUGAUCAGCUCUCCACGGGGGCGACUCUACCACCGCGCUCGAACUCAUACAGCCGCACUAAUAACAUCUCUGAGGACGAGGAUGAAGACGAUAGCAGUGACUGAGGAAAGGGAACCUUCGCUUUUGCUAUUUUAGGAUUAUCUUCAGUUCAGGUCCCAGUGAUUUAGUGUCUUGUUCCUCCUUAAAAGGUUUGAAAUUAGCAAAGAUUCUGUGAAGGUUUUUUGUCAUUUUACUUUUUAGUACAAUAUUAAUAAAAUGGCGUAAUUAAGUUACCUUGAAAGCAUAUACACCAUAUGCAUAAAGGUGAAUUGCAGAAUGAAUCAGGAUGAGUCCCUGCAUUCAGAAAAAAUAUUACUUGUGGGCUCACUUAGCCUUUUGCAUCUGUACGCACAGUAUAAAUUCUGUCCAAUCCCACUGUCUUGUAGAAAAUUCAGAUAAACCCUGUUCACUCCAGCAGGAAGGUUGUCCAGUCCCAUCUGUUAGUCACAAUUAGUUCAGUUUAUUUACAUCCUUGAUAUUUUGGUUGGUUUUGUUUGGUUAAUUUUUCCAAGAUAUAAACAGAGUCACUUAAACUACAGCAACACUGACCAGGAUAAAGAAGGGUGGAUGGGUGGAGCCCAUUUUACACCAGAUGUGUAACCACACAUCACCCAGCAUCCAGUACAUUCCCAGAUUUACUGUAGUGUUCUUUGUCCCAUGAGUUUCAUAUCAAAAUGCCCACAAGACAGUAAGAAUUCUGCUCCAUUUCACACCUGUAAAUGGCUGUGUGAAGACAGUAAACCUACUUGCUAAUUUCAAACUCUGUACAGCUGAUUUUUUUCUUUUUCUUGAUUCCUUUAUAUUAUUGUUUUGUUUACCAAUGAAUCAUAGACUAGGAUAUGACACUUGUUUUCUACAAGGAAGGGUUCUCACAGCUGUUUCGCUGCUGACAGUAUUUCUUUCUAGCUCUUCCCCUAUCAGGGCCUGUAUUUAUUACAGUGGGGAUAACAAGAGAUACAAAAUGAUGCAUCUUUUGAUAGGUUUAUAUGUAAAACUUUCUCCCUGCUAGUUAAUCAUUCAUAAUAUUACUCUUUGCUAAUGACAAAUCAGAAGUGUUUGAGUUGUACUAAGUUCAUAAUUGUAUAUAAUGUGGUAAUAUAGAUAAAGUCCCAAAAUAUAACCUGACAAAGGCCUUUAAUGCCAUGGUGCCUUCUUAAAUAUUUUUGUAGAAAUAAUUGAACCUAUAAAAUCCAUUUUAUGACCUAUUAGAAAUUUCUUACUUUAAGGUAUAAAAUGAACAUGUAUCUGUUUAAAUGAAACCUAUUUUAGGUUUAGUGGUCCUAAUGCACUUUUUGUUGUUUUUAGAUUAGCAGUGCUAUCCUGAGAGUAUAUAACAGUAGCUCUUGUUAGCUCAGAACUUCCCUGUGCUUUUAUUGAAGUGGGGCUACACUUCAUUGGCCUGUAUGGUCACACCCAUGUCUCAAAAGGGAAUAGAGAUGCAGAGCAUUAUGAGGAAGUAAACUUCACAUGACCUUGCCUUAUUUACAUUGAAUCACACAUGACUAAAUGCACUAAUACUUUGAAUUUUGAAUAUAAUAUGUCAUUUCUAAUAUUGUAAGACUGUUGUGAUCUAGCUGACCUGUGCUGAUGUAUAAUUGAGAGCAGGUAGAAUUACAGUUGAAUAUGCAAAUUUUAUCUACUUUUCUUAAAUUUGUUUCUCAAUAAGGACUUGUCAUUAUCACUUUUUCAGAACUGACUUUGAAAAGGGAAAUUAAAUAAUGUUUGGAUUUAGGGUCUCUAGCUUUUAUAAUCCAUGAGAAAAAUAAAUCUCAAAUAGCAUA